AUGACCACUGCCAAUGACCCAGAGCGCCAGCAGGCCCUUGAAGAUUACAAGAAGGCCCUGCUAGAGUCGAGAGAAUGGGAGGCUAAGCUGAAAGCCCUUCGGUUGGGUAUCAAAGAUUUGCAGAAGGAGUUUGACCAGACAGAGGAAAAUAUCAAGGCGCUACAGAGUGUCGGACAGAUCAUCGGAGAGGUUCUCAAGCAGCUGGAUGAGGAGAGAUUUAUCGUCAAGGCUUCCUCCGGUCCUAGAUACGUCGUCGGAUGCCGGUCCAAAGUAGACAAAUCAAAGCUCAAGCAAGGAACCCGCGUCGCUCUCGACAUGACAACCCUCACCAUCAUGCGCAUGCUGCCUCGCGAAGUCGAUCCCCUCGUCUACAACAUGUCCUUGGAAGAUCCUGGCCAGGUUAACUUUGCUGGUAUUGGUGGCUUGAACGACCAGAUUCGCGAGCUGAGAGAGGUCAUCGAGCUGCCCCUCAAGAACCCGGAGCUUUUCAUGCGAGUGGGGAUAAAGCCUCCCAAGGGUGUUCUGCUGUAUGGGCCCCCGGGCACAGGGAAGACGCUCCUGGCCAGAGCCGUCGCCAGCUCCCUAGAAACCAACUUUUUAAAAGUCGUCUCCUCUGCUAUCGUUGACAAGUACAUUGGCGAGUCUGCCCGAUUAAUUCGAGAGAUGUUCGGUUACGCCAAAGAGCACGAACCAUGCAUCAUCUUUAUGGACGAAAUCGAUGCCAUCGGAGGGAGAAGAUUCUCGGAGGGAACCUCUGCCGACAGAGAAAUUCAACGUACACUGAUGGAGCUCCUCAAUCAACUGGAUGGAUUCGACUACCUUGGAAAGACAAAGAUCAUCAUGGCCACAAACAGACCGGACACUCUAGACCCGGCCCUUCUUCGUGCUGGGCGCCUUGAUCGAAAGAUUGAAAUCCCCCUGCCCAAUGAAGUCGGUCGAUUGGAGAUCUUAAAGAUUCAUUCUAGCGGAGUGGCCAUAGAGGGCGAAAUUGACUUUGAAACUGUCGUCAAAAUGAGCGAUGGCUUGAAUGGCGCUGACCUACGAAACGUGGUAACAGAAGCAGGUCUUUUUGCCAUCAAAGACUACCGAGAUGCAAUCAACCAAGACGACUUUAACAAAGCUGUCCGAAAAGUGGCCGAAGCAAAGAAGCUCGAAGGCAAGCUCGAGUACCAGAAACUCUGAAGUAGAUACCUUUUCCUUUGGCAUAGUUUAGUGUUCUUGAUCA